CUCCCAGCUUGCGCUCAGCAUGUCCAGACCCGCGGCGAUCACGUUCCCAGGGAGAGGGCUCGUGCCCCAGCUGGGCGCUGGUUGGUUGCGCCGUCGGGCUCGCGGCCCGGCGAUUGGUCCAAGGGAUUUGUUCACGUGGUUCCAAGCAGAUAAGCGACCUCUCUCUCGGGCGCUGGACCCACAAUCAGCCCUAGCAAGCGUGCAGUAGGGACUGUCCGGAGCUGGGCUACUAACUUACAGGCAGCGGGGUGCUGGCUCUCACGGUCCGCAGUCGCUUCUCGCCUAAUGAGCUGCACCAGGAUGAUCCAGGUUUUAGAUCCUCGUCCUUUGACAAGUUCGGUCAUGCCAGUGGACGUGGCCAUGAGGCUCUGCUUGGCUCAUUCACCACCGCUGAAGAGUUUCCUGGGCCCUUAUGAUGACUUUCAGCGCCGAAACUUUGUGAAUAAACUCAAGCCUCUGAAAUCGUGUCUCAACAUGAAACAGGAAGCCGAAUCACAGAACGGCUGGAAGCGCUCCCACAACCAGGCCAAAAAGCGGGUGGUGUUUGCUGACUCCAAAGGCCUCUCUCUCACCGCUAUUCACGUCUUCUCUGACCUCCCAGAAGAGCCAGCCUGGGACCUCCAGUUUGAUCUCUCGGACUUUCACGAUAUCUCCUCUGGCUUAAAACUCCAUGAGGAGAAAAACUUGAUUUUAGAUUUCCCUCAGCCUUCGUCUGAUUACCUAAGCUUCCGGAACCACUUUCAGAAGAACUUUGUCUGUCUGGAGAACUGCUCUUUGCAAGAGCGAACAGUGACGGGGACCGUGAAAGUAAAAAACAUAAGCUUUGAGAAGAAGGUUCAGAUCCGCAUCACUUUUGAUACUUGGAAAAGCUACACCGACGUGGACUGCGUCUACAUGAAAAACGUGUACGGUGGCUCCGACAGUGACACCUUCUCCUUUGCUGUUGACUUACCCCCUGUCAUUCCAACUGAGGAGAAAAUUGAGUUUUGCAUUUCUUACCAUGCUAAUGGGCAGGUGUUCUGGGACAACAACGAGGGUCAGAAUUAUAGAAUUGUCCACGUGCAGUGGAAGCCGGAUGGGGUGCAGACACAGAUGGCGCCCAAGGACUGUGUGUUCCGCCAGGCGCCCCCUAAGUCAGAGGUAGAAUCGACAAUCUUCGGCAGUCCCCGCCUGGCAAGUGGGCUUUUCCCAGAAUGGCAGAGCUGGGGAAGAAUGGAGACCUUGGCCUCUUAUCGAUGAAUUAAGUGACCUAGUGACUGGUCUUGACCCGUCGUAUUCCCCGUGCAAUUCUAGGUCUGCAUUGCGCAAUAGUAGGAAGCCUUCGCUACCUUCCAUCAGUAGGUUUAGGUCUGAGCUUUGGAGAUGUGGCUACAGGAAAGAGAGCCCCUUGGGAAUUUAGUGCCCAGGUGAUGCCACCCCAUCUUGCUUUGGAGGAUCAAGGAACAGUCUGGGAACUAUUUUUCAUUAGAGCAGUGCUUUUUCAGUGGCCUUCCCGCUCCCCUCUCAAUUCACUAGCUUUCAUGUUGAGCAGAGGCAAGUUGAGGAAGGACAAUGGGUGGCGAUGGCAAGCUGUGUUAAUGGUAUGAGAACGUGUGGAAAGCCUACCCCAGGGCUCUGCAACUCAGGUCAGAGCAGGUGAGGGAGACCUGGUACUCCAUUGUUGGUAAGAAAAUGUAAGGUGGUUUCGUGGUGGUUUUACGAUUGUUUUAAGGUGGUUCUCUCUUGGGGGAAUGAUUUGUAGAGGGGGAAGAAAGAUCCAUUCUGUGUAUUCUUGUGGAGAAAAGCCAAAUAACCAUGGAAAGUUUUGGGUGGUACAGGGGAAGACGAAUUAACUCUGGAGAAUCAACAUCUGAGAAUCAACAUCUUAAGCCUUUCUAUUCAAAUGUGAUCUGUCAAAAACUGUGAUUUGGGCAAAAAUGUAAGCGAAUCUGGCUUCGCAGCUCUAAUGUAAGUGACUUUGUGAGCAAGGCAUCCUGUCUGGGUGACACCUAACAGAAGCCAUGCCAUCGUCAAGGGCCAACAACACACAGAGACUCCAUGUCACGUCAAAGAUAGUUCUUAGCAAGUGCCUUGAUUAAACCAGAACACUGCAGUUGCUUUACUCAAAUAUCUAAAAGGUCAUCUGAUAACUCAAGUGUUUCUGACCUCCUGAAAAGGUCUAUUCUGUACACUGACAUUCCUCCUGCAAUGCUGUUGUAUCUCCGUGAGUGUUAUCAGUGUACACAACUCACAUCCUUCAUAUUGAAGGUCACUCAUUUUUCUGCCACAGUUUUUCAAUGUGAUGUGUGAAGUGAGGACUGACACUAGGAUUCUCAGUGCAAGAAUCCAAUACCUUGCACAUAGAAGUAGCAGUCUGUCUCUUGCCUGUUUUCAUCUUGCUGUUUUAAUUUCCUUCGAUGUCAGAAUGGUUUUAUGGUUCUUUUUUUAAAAAAAAUGGAUGUGAACUAUUUUGGAUAUGUUGUACUAUAUUUGUUUUUGAGUGUGUGCAAACUCA